CCGACGACCGACGUCGUAUGAGUGUCGUUACGUCUCAAGCAUCGCGUUCGACGUAUCUUACGCUAAAGUUUAAAAGCGUGUCGCUUACAUUAUCGAAGCUUUUAUACAAAGCUUCUUAUACUGUGUGGAUCAGGGAAAAAAUUCUUAUAAAAUCUUUCCCAGCAACACGCUAAUGUUGAUGACAUUCACUUUGGUGAAAUCUUGAAGAAGAUUGAGUUUGAGAAAAAAUUACCUUAUCCAAUAAGUCCAAAGAUAACGACAUCAUUUACCAGCUAAAAAAAUCAGAAAAUCAACAGUUAUCGCACAAUGCAACGGAGUGAAACGUGAAUAGACAAAGCAACAACUUUUAAUACUCAAGAAGCAGGAACAAAAAUACAACAGUUGAUAGUUAAAUCUAGAAAUUCAAGAGGACUCUUAACAAUAAUGAGGAAGCAAUUGUAUUCACAGAGUAGUGGUGGUGAACCGCAAAUAAUAGUGGAAGAGAGUACUAUUGGCGAAGAGGAAGCUGAACGAAAGAGAGAUGAAUCUCCACCUCGUUGUUUGGAUCCGGAUUCUCCGUCUCUCAAUCCUUAUUUACUAUCACCAUGGCGAGAGACACGUAAACAUUCCUUACCAACUCCCCAAUGUACUUCAGGAAUUACUGCAUCUCAGGUAAGACGUCUGAGUGAACGAGGAGGUGAAGGUUCUGGGCCAUCCCCUAGAGAAGCUGCUUUCUUAGCAACACUAUCCCAAGCACCAGCACCCCAACCAGGCGGACGAAGACAUUCAGUUGUAACUAUUUCUAAAGUUCCAACGACUUUAUUUGGCCGUAAUCGUCGUGAAUCAAUUGCUGCGUUUCCAUUGGGAGCAACUCGAAUUUUACCAAUUCGACGUGAUUCAUCCUCUGGAUUGGGAGGUCCUCCAAGCAACUCUGGUAGUACUCAUAAUCUUCAGUUAGAUAUUAUGGAUGAUAUAGCAGAGAUAAAAGCCCGAAAGGUUCGUUUGAAGAUGUGGAAGACACCGUCACGUGAACGAAUAUGCGAAGUUCAACCAUUAGAAGGCAAUAGUUCAUCUCAGAAAUACACUCAACAACAUCGUCGAUUCUCUGACUUUGCUGCAUUAUCUUCAAUACCAAGCCCUAGCUCUUUAUUAAGAAGACGUGCUUCAGAGUAUCCAAAACCAUCAACGUCCUCAUCAACUAGUGGAACUUCACCAGGAAUCAUUUGCUCUAAUACUGAUCUUAUUUCUAUCCUCAGCUCGUUGACAUCUUCAGCUACAGAAAUUAAUAGAUGUGGUGAAGAGAAAGUGACGCGAGACGACAAUAAGAGUACGAAGAAUGUUGAACAUAAACGACGACAAUUAAAGGAUUUUCGAUCUAAUAGUUUUGACGUAUCUAUUCUACAUGGAACAGGGAAUAAACAAAUUCGUAGCUUAAUAAAAAAUGCCAAUAAAAAUGAACCAGCAUUCAGUUGGUUUGUUAAUCGCCAUAAACCAAUGUCAAAAAAACAAAAAGGUAUGGAUAUAACUCUGUCUUCAUUAAGUGAGAAGCUUGACAAAUUAAAUGUUAUAAAAGCUGUGAAAGAAACUUUUGUUAAAUCAACAUCACCUCCGAAAGAAUCUUCAAGGCAUAAAGUUGUAUGGGAUGACGCAAGUGGUACUAAAGUUGAUGCUCAAAUACUUGGAAGUGCUAUAGAAGAGUUUUUAACAUCACAAAGGAACAGCGACAUCGAUAUAACAAGAUCUAAGUCUAGUAGUAAGUCUGCAACUUCUCCAAUACAGCAGAAAUCUGGGAAAAUCAGCAGCUGGUUUUCUGGAAGCAACGAAGGGGAAGAGACAACAGAAGCAUCAAUUUGUUCAUCUUUAAAAGACCUUUUUGUUAAAUAAAUGUAUUGAGCAAAUUUUGGUGAAGAAACCGUCACUUAUUUUGUACAAUUUAAUUUACUGAUUGAAUAAAAAAUCAAAUUCAAUAACCUGCUACACAUUAAAGACUAUUCUAAAAGAAAGUCUUCGCUGGUCGAAGACAUUAAAUGAAUUUUAAUCAUUUGGAGGCAUUAUUUUUUAUUCCAAAUCACUAUCAUAAAGAGAGUUUCAAAAUAAUAAUAAUGGAAAUUAUUAAUUAAAAAAAUAUAAAUAUAUAUAUAUAUA